UCUUUGUUAAGAUGCAUACACUUUCAUGCAUCCGAGCCUUUUCAAACCAUCCCUCUCAUUUUCUUUUUCCAUUUAGUCUUCCCGGGCAUAUCUGGUUGGUCGCCCUGGGGGAGAAAGAGUUCCAUCAGGUUUAGUUCUGGACUGUACCUUACCUUCGGUCCUAACCUUCCUUACUAGUAGUAGCAUAGCCCAUGAAUCCCAUGCGACAAGAGCACUCCAUUGAACAUUCCCGGAAAUGUCACCACCCUCACCAUGGGAUUCAUCAUCCUGUCAUCCCACAACCUUUAAGUUUUUUUGAUGAUCGUGUCGGGGUCUGGGAAGCAACCUACACACGGACCAAGCGUUGCUGUCAUGGAGGGUCGAGACUCAUGUUUCCCACCAAUCGUCGUCAUCUGAUGGGGAAUCCAUCAGUCCACAGAAAGCUCGUUCUCAACCAUGCCAAGACUGGGCCGUGUGGAUUCUCUCUUGACUCUGGCAUGUCUUCUUGCAGCCGAUGCAGCUGGACUAUCAGACGCCUCAUCCGAUCUCUGAUAUCCGUGCCUCAACCCAGUGUCCUUCCCUUUAAAAGCCUCCCACUGAUUCCAAAUACGAGACUUUCCCUCCGGUCGAUGAAAGCGACCCCGGAAGAUGUCACACAAACAACUUCCCAGCUCUUACUUUAGUUCACAUUUCCUAGUCGCCUCCACUGCUUACGGCAUCAUUUGCAGCGUCUCACGGACCUCCUCCAGACCCUCUUUCAGACAGGUCAACUGUCAGCUCUGCAGGCCACAUUGACCUGUGAGUCCAUAGUAUCCGGAUAAGGUUCAAUGUGUAGUAUCCACACGGCCUGAUUGGGAACCCGCUGGAUGAUGCCAUGCAUAAGAAGGAGUUAUAUAC